UGCAGUGCUAACAUCUACACAAAACACACGCUGUAUUUACUGCAAUACGGAAGGGACCUGAAACCACUUUUGUUGACUAUCUGCCAUUCAUAAGCAGUGUGUGCUUUCGCUCCUCCACUGGAGACAGAAGCAGAACCACUGAAGAAAGAAGCAGAAACGUUGGGAGGGAUAAAGCGAAAGCAGAUCAGCAGGAAUCAAAAUAGAGAAAGUCCCCAGCGCUGCCACAGCAACCAUUAUUAUAUUGUACACUGGAUUGAAUCCGCCUUUUUACGAAGGGUGUCUGCUGCUGCAGCCCUGUACUGUGCGGUCUGUCUACCGCGUCUUUUGUUGGGUUACUCACUGUUGACCAAUAAAAAAGAAAAGGGGCAAUACAAAGCAAAAUUAUGUUUGGUGAUUGAAAGAAAAAAGCCCGGAGACCCUCAGUCGGAGCAGUGAGAAUCCAAACGGCAGAUGAUUUUAGGGAGACUACAAUUUGUGAUGUGGUUUUAGUCUUACAUUGUUUGGAAAAGAAGAUUGCUUUCUGAUUAAAAAAAAGAAAAAAAAGUCAAAAUAAUCCCAUGCUGAUUUGAAGAAAGAGGUCCAUGCAGCACCUGUCUAAUUAGACCACAUUCAUUUGGAUAGCUAAGAUCUGUAAGGUUUCUGAGUUACCAUGGCAAAAGCAUACACAUUUAAUUGGCAGAAACCUCUACCAUCCUUUAUACAAGAAGGGGCUGUUUUCGACAGAUAUGAAGAGGAUCCGUUUGUCUUUGAGCCUAACUGCUUCUUCAAAGUGGAUGAGUUUGGUUUCUUUCUCACAUGGAAAAGUGAUGGAAAGGAAGGCCAGGUUUUAGAAUGCUCUUUGAUCAACAGUAUCCGGAGUGGAGCUGUCCCAAAGGACCCUAAAAUAAUUGCUGCAUUGGAAUCAGUUGGGAAAACAGAGACUGAUCUAGAGGGACGCAUCGUUUGUGUCUGCAGUGGUACCGACUUGGUGAACCUGAACUUUAUUUACAUGGUUGCAGACAGUGUAGAAACAGCAAAGCAAUGGAUGGAAGGAUUGAGAUCAGUGAUCCAUAACUUCAGAGCUAAUAAUGUCUGUCCCAUGACUUGCCUAAAAAAACACUGGAUGAGGUUAUCAUUUUUGACGAAUACAAAUGGAAAGAUUCCAGUGAGAAGCAUAACCAGGACCUUUGCAUCUGGCAAAACAGAAAAGGGGAUCUUUCAAGCACUUAAGGAAUUAGGUCUUCCCAGUGGAAAGAACGAUGAAAUUGAACAUUCCGUCUUCACUUUUGAUAAGUUUUAUGAACUUACUCAAAAAAUCUGCCCCCGGACUGACAUAGAGGAGCUGUUUAAAAAACUCAAUGGAGACAAAACUGAUUAUUUAACCGUAGACCAUUUAGUCAGCUUUCUAAAUGAAAAUCAACGUGACCCUCGUUUGAAUGAAAUUCUGUUUCCGUUCUAUGAUCCAAAAAGAGCAAUGCAGAUAAUUGAAACAUAUGAGCCAGACGAUGCACUAAAGAAACAAGGUCGGAUGUCCAGCGAUGGGUUUUGCAGGUAUCUAAUGUCAGAUGAAAAUGCUCCAGUCUUCCUUGAUCGUUUGGAGCUGUACCAAGAAAUGGAUCACCCUUUGGCGCACUACUUUAUAAGUUCCUCCCACAACACAUAUCUUACUGGCAGACAGUUUGGUGGCAAGUCAUCUGUAGAAAUGUAUCGGCAGGUCCUUCUGGCAGGAUGCAGAUGUGUAGAAUUGGAUAUUUGGGAUGGGAAAGGGGAAGACCAAGAACCAAUAAUAACCCAUGGAAAAGCCAUGUGCACAGAUAUUCUCUUCAAGGAUGUAAUUCAAGCCAUUAAAGAAACAGCUUUUACUACAUCUGAAUAUCCAGUGAUCCUUUCAUUUGAAAACCACUGCAGUAAACCACAGCAAUUUAAGAUGGCAAAGUACUGUGAAGAGAUUUUUGGAGAUCUGUUAUUGAGGCAACCGCUUGAAGGUUUUUUGCUUGAAGCUGGACAGCCUUUGCCUUCUCCCAAUGACCUGAAAAGAAAAAUACUCAUUAAAAACAAAAGGCUCAAAGCUGAAGUUGAGAAGAAGCAACUUGAGGCAUUUAAAAGGCUCAUGGAAGCUGGAGAAACAACAGCUCCCGCUAACAUUUUGGAAGAUGAGAAUGAAGAAGAAAUAGAAAAUGCUUGCCCCAAACCAACAAUUGCCGACCCAGAAGAAGAAGCACAUCCAGAAUUCAAGUUUGACAGUGACAUAUCCUCUGAUGAUUUGAGUCAGACAGAAGCACAUACAAACAGUGUAAAGAAGGUUACUGAAGAAGAUGUAACUGAAAUAACUGAUGUAACAGAUGUAGCUGAACAGGAAAAUAACAAAAAGGGUGGUAUAACUGUAGAGGAUGAACAGGCUUGGAUCACUUCAUAUACGUAUGUAGGAGGUACAACUAAUAUUCACCCGUACCUAUCAGCAAUGAUUAACUACGCUCAGCCUGUUAAGUUUCAAAGCUUUAAUGUGGCGGAAGAAAGGAACAUCCAUCACAACAUGUCAUCUUUCAAUGAAUCAGUUGGACUGGGAUAUUUGAAGACUAACGCCAUAGAAUUUGUAAAUUAUAAUAAACGCCAAAUGAGUCGAAUCUACCCCAAAGGAGGCAGAGUGGAUUCCAGUAAUUACAUGCCUCAGAUCUUCUGGAACGCUGGCUGCCAGAUGGUCUCACUGAACUACCAGACCCCAGAUUUGGCAAUGCAGUUGAACCAGGGGAAGUUUGAGUAUAAUGGAUCAUUUGGGUACUUGCUCAAACCUGACUUUAUGCGUCGCCCUGACCGAAUGUUUGACCCUUUUUCAGAAACACCUGUAGAUGGUGUUAUUGCAGCUACUUGUUCUGUUCAGGUUUUUUCAGGCCAGUUUUUAUCAGACAAGAAAAUUGGCACAUAUGUAGAGGUGGACAUGUAUGGGUUACCCACAGACACCAUACGCAAGGAGUUCCGGACCCGAAUGGUAAUGAACAAUGGUCUGAACCCUGUUUACAAUGAGGAGCCUUUUGUAUUUAGAAAGGUGAUUCUGCCUGACCUUGCUGUACUCAGAAUUGCAGUUUAUGAUGACAAUAACAAGUUGAUUGGUCAGAGAAUUCUACCUCUGGAUGGUCUUCAGGCUGGCUACAGACACAUCUCCCUACGAAAUGAAGGCAACAAACCUUUAUCACUGCCAACCAUUUUCUGUAACAUUGUUUUAAAAACAUAUGUUCCGGAUGGAUUUGGAGCUAUUGUUGAUGCUCUGUCUGAUCCAAAGAAGUUUUUAUCUAUCACGGAAAAGAGGGCUGACCAAAUGAGGGCUAUGGGUAUUGAAACUAGUGACAUUGCAGAUGUGCCAAAUGACAGCUCUAAGAAUGACAAAAAAGGAAAGGUCAACCAAGUCAAAAUUAGUGUGACACCUCAGAGCAGCUCUGAGUUGAGACAAAAUUCAAUGUCUGGCCAGGGAAUUGGUAAUGAUGCCAAGAAAGACACAGCAGCACUUGUGCCUAAGGUGAAUAUUGAUGACUUGAAACAGAUGAAGACCUAUAUUAAGCUGACAAAGAAACAGCAAAAAGAGCUGAAUGCCUUAAAGAAAAAACAUGCCAAGGAUCACAGUGCCAUGCAGAAGUCACAUUGUACACAUGUUGACAAAAUAUUGGCACAGCACGAUAAAGAAAAACUGUCUUAUGAAAAGCUUCUGGAUAAAGCUAUUAAGAAAAAAGGAGAAAACAACUGUCUUGAAAUGAAGAAAGAAACUGAAAUUAAACUCCAAGCAUUAUCAUCAGACCACAAAAUAAAGGUAAAAGAGAUUGUGGCCCAACAUACCAAGGAGUGGUCAGAGAUGAUCAACUCACACACUGUGGAGGAACAGGAGAUUCGGGAUCAGCAUUUGGUCCAGCAGUGUGAACAUUUGAAAAAACUCUUAGGUUCUGUUCAAGAGCAGCAAACCCAGCAACUUAAGCUUAUUCAUGACAGGCAGAGCAAAGAAAUGCGUGCUAACCAGGCUAAGACAUCUAUGGAAAACAGCAAAGCCAUCAGUCAAGAUAAAUCAAUCAAAAAUAAAGCUGAAAGGGAGAGGAGAGUGAGGGAAUUGAACAGCAGCAACACUAAAAAGUUUCUGGAAGAAAGAAAAAGGCUUGCAAUGAAGCACUCUAAGGAAAUGGAUCAACUGAAGAAGGCUCAAGAUGAGCAGAUAGAACACCUGGAAAAACAGAAUGAGCAGCUUUUGAAAUCACAUCAUGCAGUGUCUCACAAUCAAGGCAAAAGAGAUGCAGCAGAUGGUGAAGCUGGAAGCAGAAAUGGGCCGCAGACCAGCAACAGUUGUGUGAAGCAUCCCCAAAAAACCAACUAGCUGAGAACCCAACACAUCCUGCAAAAUGUACAUUCAGCUCAGAUUGUAUUCUUCUUAGUUUCUAAGAUUUCUUCUACAUCUUGGAGAUAAUUGUUACCAGAAAAAAAAUAUUUUGACAUUCUACUUCAACUUUUCAGUAUAGAGUCUCCCUUAUAGUGCUGACUGUUAUACAAGCGAUUACAAAAUGCAACAGGAUGUAAACAGCCAUUAGUGCAAUUAUGACACAAUUUUUAUGAAUCCAUUCCACCCAAACCAUUUUUAAACAUAUUAGCUUAUUUUAAUCUUUAAAUUAUUGUUUAUUUCUUUUUUUUAGUUUUUUAAAGAUGUAAAAAAGCCAAUAAUGCAAUUACGACACAAUUUUUAUGAAUCCAUUCCACCCAAACCAUUUUUAAAUUAGCUUAUUUUAAUCUUUAAGUUAUUGUUUGUUUCUUUGUUUAGUUUUUUUUUUUAAAUAAGGUUAGUUUUAAAGUGCUUGACGUGAGCUUUUAAUUCCAGUUCUGUAUUCACACCGACAAAAAAAAUAUUAAUUUAACUGUAUGAAGCAUAUUGGAUGCUUGUAAAUCAGUCAGUAUAUCUGAAAGGUACUCAGGAGUUAUAUACUAAGUCAUAAGGACUUUAUGAAUAUUUGGCUGUGAGAAACAAGUACAUCUGUACUCACUUUUGUGUUAAAAACUCAAACAGAGCUGUGUAAUUGUACUGUGGGUAUGUUGUCUCAAGAAUGUUAAGUGGUGGAAUGUAUGGUAGAGGUGCAUUAUUUUGGGAUGGGGAUAUAUAAAACGUUUAUACAAAUUAUGUUAAGGUGACUAUUAAUAGGUUGCUGUAUUUGUUACCUCAUCCGAAGAAUAGGAUACAAAGUGCACAUGCAUUACAUGUACUGUAGGUAAAUCAGAUGUUUUGUAAUCCAUCUUUUCUGACAACACACAUACAGUUCCCCUAACUGCCUGGAAUAGAUGUACUAAAAUUGAGUUUUUAAAAAAGCAGGAAGGUUGCUGUACAUUAUGUUCAUGGUACAGUGACUUGUGCUUUUAAGUAUUAAUUACAGACUCACGAUUAACAAUCUAAGCAAAGUUGAAAGAUUUAAAGAAGUCUAUUUUAGUCCCACAGAGAUAACACUUUGCUUAUCUGUUACCAAUCUCACAGGUUUAAAAUGGCUUUUAUAUCAUUGGUAUGGUAAUACUAACAUAAAUUUGAGUAUUGAAAUAACUGAUCUUGUUGUAACCCAGAUUAGUAUCUGUUGUGUGCAAAUAGUGUAUUUCAUGGACAAGCGCACAAGCCUUUUUCAGUUUUUAAAUUACAAGAGUAAACAUUUUCAAAAUAAGUAUCUAGCUGCUAACUUGUAUUUUAUGAUUAUUUUCAUAUUCUCAACAUACAAAGCCUGGGCCUUACAACACAACACAUUCUAACUGAGAAAAGUGAUCAUUAAGAAAACCGCAGCUCUGUGAAUAGUUUAACGAUAAUAAAAAUGAAACCCAGUGCCUCCCAAAUAAUCAUGAUACGAUGAUAAACAAUCAGAAAACAAACACAUUGUUAAACAUUGAAUUCAUAGUUUUGUUAGAAGAGGUUCAAGCCAUGGAAGGGGAAAGGGGGACACUAUAAUAAUUGACUGAUUGUACUACAAGGUAAGUAACUUCUUCUCCAAAAUUAACUCUUCUGAUUCUUAAUAAUGUUGACACAAGCACUGAGCAUUUUUUGUAAAAGGCAUGGUAUGCAAAUUAAAACAUUCCACCGAAAUACGUAUUUCUACAAAUACAUGUUUCAGACUUUUUUAAAAAAUCAGUGAAACUGCCUUUAUAUGUUACUAGUAAAUGUAAAAGAAUCAGUAUUGAUGUGACGUGUAAGUGUUAUUUCUGUUACUUUUCUGCAGAACAGUGCACAUCAAAGCUAUGCUUUAAACAAUGUUUCACAGUGAUUCUUAAUAGUACAUGUAAUACAGCUUUAAAUACUGCACCUACUGUAGGAGAAAACUUGACUUAUUUUCUCUUCAGAGAUUAUUGUAUAUUCAAUUAUAACCAUCAUUGAUGAAACAAGAUUUCACAGUCAAUUUGAUUUAAAGGAACACAGCAAAUUCUUUGAGAAUCAUUUGAUUAUGGUUCAUUUUCAAGUAACUUUUUAGCUAGGAAAUGAUUAGAUGAAUUAAAUAAAGGUUGUGGGGUAAUAUUUAUAUGGAUUGCUUUAACAUGUAAUUAGUGGUAUGCUGUUUAAACCAACCAACAUACACAUUUCUCCAUGGUUGCUUGAUUUAUUUCACAAAUAGUAUUUUCAUAACUAAAAAGUUGAAUGAAAUACAUGUAUUGCAGGUUAGCUGUAAAAUAAAAUCAGUGUCAACCUAGCCAACCUAUUCAAAUGGGUUAAAAGUGUGUAGUUUACAGGACUGAAAGAAUGGUAUUUAUGGCAGAACACCAUGUCAUCACCUGUGUGUUGUUAUUCCUGUAUGUGCUAUCCAUUAUAAGUUGUGGUUCAUGGUUAUGAAACUACCAAAGGUGUAGUCAAGGAGGGGUGGUUAUUGCAUUGAAAAAAGACUGAAUUGCUGAAUCAACAGAAAAUAAUCUCUGAUUUUAGGCAGCUUGAAACUGUAUACAUACCUGCUCAUAGAAACAGCUAUAUAUGGUAUUGGGCUUGAUUUUUAGAUUAUAAAUAGGUUUAUUAAAAAGACUUAUCCACAAAUAUUAAACAACAAAAGUUACCAAUUGUUCAAAGAUUUAAAAGUAAAAUAAAACACUCUAUAUAGGCUUUUAUUACAUUUCAGAUUUUUUUACACUCCUGUUAUUGUAGUAUAAGACUUGAUGUAGCUAAACACUUUAUUGGAAAUAUGUAUGUAGGUGAUCAUUUUAGACCAAACAUCUUUUUAGGCAUAUCAGAUAACUUAAGGGCUCUGUGGUUGUGUUAAACUUGGCAAAUAAGGUAUGUUUGUUACUGGGAAAACAAAUGAGCAGUUAUUUGGGUAUAUAUAUUUUUUCUCCAGUAAUCCAAUUUACCCAAUGUAAUGAUGUAGCUUUUACAACAUAUCUAAUGUGGUAUUAUGAGUAAAGUGCUUUUAAAAUGCAUUGUAUUGCUGUUUUUAAAAUGUGCCACUGAUAUAUGUAAGUCAAGGCUGGGCUUAGAAAGUGUCAUUGUUUUAAGGGAAAAUAAAAUGCCAAAAAGGGGGGUUAUUUAUAUAUAUAUAUGGGGGGGGGGGGGGGUAUUAUUGAAGUAUAUUCUGGUUUGCUGUUAGAUGCUUUUUAUCACUGCUUGUAUGUUUUAUGUUGAGUGUCUGUCCUACAACAUGAACCCUAUUCUAUGUAGGUUUCUUAUUAAAGCAGGUUGUUCUGCAAAUAUCAUUGCAUUUAUGAUGUGUUUUUUUUAAACAUAACUUGAUGAAGGAACAUUAUUGGGGUGUUUAUUUGGCAUUUGUUAAACUACUAGCAAGGAAAAUAUAUGUGUUCUCCUGCUACUUUAAUACUGUUUUAUAGUAUAUGUUUCCAUAAAUAAACAAAGAUUAAAAUGGGACUUUGGCAACAUA